GUAGGGCUGGUUAAAUGACGGCUAGUCGGUGGCGCGGGGAUGAGCGGGCGGCUUCCAGUGCGUGGAAGAGAGGGAUGCUGGGGCGGUUCAAGCGAGAUCGAGUUCACGCCAAGUGAAGUACGGCAGUUUGUGUCAGACCACGGAGCACGGAAGAUGCUCCCGGUUGUUUACGGAACGGGUGGACCGCCCUCGUCGCGGUGGCGGCGCCGCGCCACUAUUUUUCUCGGUUCCGCGUCUGGAAGCACAAGUAACAUCGUGAAUUCCUCUUGGAUCAUCAAGCCAACAUCCACUGCCACCGUGAUGACCACCGCAUUGGGCCUUUUAAUGGUAUUGCUGCCCGCGGCGUAUCCGGAGAAGAUCUCCAUCGGUGCAAUUUUCGAGCAGGGUACCGACGAAGUUCAGUCAGCCUUCAAAUUUGCGAUGUUCAACCACAACCAGAAUACCACAACUCGGAAGUUUGAAUUCCAGGCUUUCGUAGACGUAAUUAAUACCGCGGAUGCUUACAAGCUAUCUCGCCUUAUUUGCAGUCAAUUCAGCAGAGGGGUGUUCUCCAUGCUGGGCGCCGUUAGCCCGGACUCGUUCGACACCCUUCAUUCCUACAGCAAUACGUUUCAAAUGCCAUUCGUGACGCCCUGGUUUCCCGAGAAGGUUCUGACACCGUCCUCCGGUCUCCUGGAUUUCGCCAUAAGCAUGCGUCCGGAUUAUCAUCGCGCUAUCAUCGACACAGUGCGAUAUUACGGAUGGAAGAAAAUCAUCUACCUCUACGACUCCCACGACGGUCUGCUCAGGCUGCAGCAAAUCUAUCAGGGUUUGAAGCCUGGGAACGAAUCGUUUCAGGUCGAAACGGUGAAACGAAUACAAAAUAUGUCCGAGGCGAUCGAUUUCUUGCGCAGUUUGGAGGAAUUGAACAGAUGGAGUAACAAAUACGUCGUACUCGACUGUCCCACGGACAUGGCAAAGGAUAUCGUGGUAAGCCACGUGAGGGACGUCGCGCUUGGAAAAAGGACGUACCACUACUUGUUAAGCGGAUUGAUAAUGGACGAUCGUUGGGAGAGCGAGGUGAUCGAGUACGGGGCCAUCAACAUCACCGGAUUUCGCAUCGUGGACGCGACACGGCCCUACGUUAAAGAUUUCCUGGCUGGAUGGCACCGCCUAGACCCGGCCACGUCUCAAGGAGCUGGCCGCGAAUCCAUUUCUGCGCAAGCUGCGCUGAUGUACGAUGCCGUAUUCGUCCUCGUCGAGGCGUUCAACAAGUUUCUGAGAAAAAAGCCUGACAGAAGCAACGUGAGACGGACCGGAAUUCCUGGAAGCAGUCAGAUUACUAACGGCACCAGGGCGCUGGAUUGCAAUAGCAGUCGGGGCUGGGUGACACCGUUCGAAUAUGGCGAUAAAAUUUCCAGGCUACUCAGAAAAGUGGAAAUCGAGGGACUGACAGGGGAGAUCCGCUUUAACGAUGACGGUCGCAGGCACAAUUACACCCUCCACGUUGUCGAGAUGACGGUCAACAGCGCCAUGGUCAAAGUGGCUGAAUGGACGGACGAGGCUGGAUUCCAGGCAAUCGCGGCAAAGUACAUUCGACUUCGACCGCACGCGGAAAUCGAGAAGAAUAAAACCUACAUUGUCACAACCAUCGUGGAGGAGCCGUAUAUUAUGCAGAAAAAAUCGGAUAGCGGAGAGAUAUUGACUGGAAAUGAUAGUUACGAGGGUUACUGCAAAGAUUUGGCUGAUCUCAUAGCUAAGAAACUAGGAAUAACGUACGAACUUCGCAUAGUGAAAGACGGUAAAUACGGUAUGGAAAAUUCUGACGUUCCCGGUGGUUGGGACGGCAUGGUCGGCGAGCUGAUCCGCAAAGAGGCGGAUAUUGCGAUUGCCCCCAUGACAAUCACGUCUGAACGUGAACGAGUGAUCGACUUCAGUAAACCAUUCAUGUCGCUUGGAAUCAGUAUAAUGAUCAAAAAGCCCAUCAAACAGAAACCGGGGGUUUUCAGCUUUCUGAAUCCUCUGAGCAAAGAAAUAUGGGUGUGUGUGAUCUUUUCCUAUAUCGGUGUGUCCAUCGUUCUCUUUACCGUGUCCAGGUUCUCUCCGUACGAAUGGCGAGUACUGACGCUGAGCAGUGGUGGCGACCCAACAAUGGGGACGAGAAACGAUCCCACGCUGCAACAUCCGCACGGGUCGCAGGGAUCGCCUCAUAUACCCACCUCGAGCAUGGCGAACGAUUUCAGUAUCAUAAACAGCCUUUGGUUCGCUCUAGCCGCUUUCAUGCAGCAGGGUUGCGACAUAUCGCCCAGAUCGAUAUCAGGACGAAUAGUGGGCAGCGUGUGGUGGUUCUUCACCCUGAUCCUAAUCUCCUCGUACACCGCCAACCUGGCCGCUUUUCUAACGGUGGAGAGGAUGGUGGCGCCGAUUAACUCGCCGGAAGACCUCGCCUCGCAGACGGAAGUGCAAUACGGCACGUUAUCUCACGGCUCGACUUGGGACUUUUUUCGCAAAUCGCAGAUCAACUUGUACAGCAAAAUGUGGGAGUUCAUGAACUCGAGGAAGCACGUGUUCGUGAAAACAUACGACGAGGGUAUUCGAAGGGUGAGGACCAGCAAGGGGAAGUACGCCCUGUUGAUCGAAAGCCCGAAGAACGAGUACACGAACGAGAGGGAGCCCUGCGACACGAUGAAGGUCGGCAGGAACCUUGACGCCAAGGGUUUCGGAGUGGCGACGCCAUUGGGAUCCCCUCUCAAAGAUCCGAUAAAUCUGGCCGUGCUCUCGUUGAAAGAGAACGGGGAGCUGACGAAGCUGGUGAACCGAUGGUGGUACGAUAGAACAGAAUGCAGGCACGGUGACAAACAGGACGCCUCCAGAAACGAAUUAUCCCUCAGCAACGUGGCAGGGAUAUUCUACAUUCUUAUCGGCGGACUGCUUUUAGCCCUAGCCGUUGCAUUGCUGGAAUUCUGUUACAAAUCGCACACGGAAGCUACUAGAGCAAAAAUCCCGUUGUCGGACGCGAUGAAGGCGAAAGCCCGAUUGACGAUCGGUGGCGGUCGAGAUUUCGACAAUGGCCGGUGGUACGGACUGCAGAGUUAGACGGAGGAUGCAUGCGCCUUUCCCGGGACCAUAUUACUACGCGCCGGCAAACGCGAUUGGCAAUACCGAGGGCGACCAGGUGCACAGCAAUACGCAUACCCAGGUGUAAAUUACCUGGAAAGCCACAGCAUGGAAAGCCCUGGCGAGUCGCCCGCAAUCUCCCUGCCCACGCCUCCGCCGCCGCCCCUGGUGGCGUCUCUGCCUCCACCGCCGCCGCCCCCGCCGCCCAGAAGACCGCAACGAAGAAGCGUCACCUUCGCCGAGUCGCCGCCAAAGAGCCCGAAGAGGACGAGGUUCUCGCCGUUCCUGCG